GAUGAUGAAGACGACGACGACGAUGCUCCACAACAGCGGUACAAGCUUAGGAAGAAAAACCAGUGACAAGAGGUACACUGCACCACCUCCUAAAUCAUAUCAUGGCUCGAGACGUGGGUUAUUUUCGCAGCAUCAUAUGAGAGAAAGAUCGUGCGGAGAUAAACAACCUUUCUCUCCCGUUCGAAAGACUUAUAAGUUGAAGAGAAAGACCAUAAACGAAAGCUCCACUUCUUCAGGUAAACGAGGAUGGAAAAUUUGAAAGGCGUAAAGGCGAAAAGCAUGGCGAAAGCCCGUAACAGAUGUCUUCCCAUGAAUCUUAGCGCUCAGGACCUCAAUAAAGGAAUUUUAGGUGAUAGAGAACGUAUCGGCUCAAGCUUGGCCGAUGUAGACCCAAUGAACAUCGACAGAUCUAUAACAUUCGAGAGCAUCGGUGGUCUUGGGAAACACGUGCGAUCAUUAAAAGAGAUGGUUGUCUUUCCAUUGUUGUAUCCCGAAGUGUUCGAGAAGUUCAAAGUGAAUCCUCCGAGGGGCGUACUUUUUCACGGACCUCCAGGUACUGGUAAAACUCUAAUGGCUCGUGCUUUGGCGAACGAGUGCAGUCAAGAUGGUAAACGGGUUGCAUUCUUUAUGAGAAAAGGUGCCGAUUGCUUGAGUAAGUGGGUUGGAGAAUCUGAAAGGCAACUGCGACUUCUUUUUGAUCAGGCGUUUAAGUUGCGUCCCUCCAUAAUAUUCUUCGACGAGAUAGAUGGUCUUGCUCCAGUACGUUCCAGUAGGCAAGAUCAGAUCCAUAGCUCCAUUGUUUCUACACUACUUGCUCUCAUGGAUGGCCUAGAUAACCGAGGAGAGAUAGUCAUAAUUGGCGCUACGAACCGCAUCGACUCCAUCGAUCCCGCUCUUCGCAGACCCGGUCGCUUUGACCGCGAGUUCAGAUUUCCGCUACCGGACAAACAGGCACGACGUAACAUAUUGACCAUUCACACAAAAGCUUGGCAACCUCGCUUGACACCAGCUUUCAUCAACGAGGUUGCGGACCAGUGCGUUGGCUAUUGUGGAGCCGAUAUUAAAGCGCUGUGUACCGAAGCUGCGUUGUUCGCCCUCCGACGGCGAUAUCCUCAAAUCUACGCUUCUAAGAAGAAACUGGUGCUGGAUGUUGAGUCGGUUCGUGUCAGCGGCAAAGAUUUCGCCAAGGCAGUUAAGGCUAUGGUGCCUGCGUGUCAACGGGCAGUUGUUUCUCCCGGAAGAGCGCUCUCCUCUUCCGUGAGACCGCUCUUACGUCAAAUGUUACGGACCUCGUGGAAUAUGAUUACACGCGUCUUUCCACCUGCAGUAACUAAAACAGUCGGAGAAUCGACGCCAGGCAGUUCUGUGACAAAUUUUGCCUUGAGUGAUUCGGAAUCGUCGGACGAUCCUGGUGACGAAGCGGACAUUUACGAAGUUGAUCCGAGCUCCACCGAUGGCGCACGAGCUGCGAGAGCAGCUCGCGCUGCCCGCCGUGCGGGGAUAAAAAGUCCUAAUGAAAAUGGAAAUCAAUUCGGUUAUUUUGAAGAAAACAUAAUGACGUCACGCAUCGUCCAUCGCCCACGUUUUUUGGUCUGCGGUAAACGUGGUAUGGGUCAAUCGACUCACAUAAGCCCAGCUUUAUUGCACUCAAUGGAACAUAUACCUGUACAUAGCUUGGAUCUCCCCGUAUUGUUCGGUUGUUUAUCGAAGACUGCAGAGGAGGCCUGUGCUCAGGUAUUUCGUGAAGCUCGUCGAGUCGCCCCGUCAAUCGUCUAUCUUCCUCACAUCGACUCGCUGUGGUCGGCGACGACUGAUACAUUGAAAGCGACAUUCUUAUCCAUCGUAAGGGAUCUACCACCCGGCUUACCAUUGAUGCUCUUUGCCACGUGUGACACGCCCAUCACGGCUAUCCCUCGUAGUCUAGCGAGCUUAUUCGUUGUUCAUCAUGAACAAGUAUUUGAAGUGCCUUAUCCCACCGAUGAAGAAAGAUAUGCUUAUUUUGAACAAUUGUUUCUUGAUGAAGCUUUGAAAUUACCUUGUAUUACGAACACACGAAAAUCACGAGAACCUCUUGAGGUUCUUCCAGUCGCUCCUCCACCUGAACCACGUCAGCUGAGCGUGACCGAGCUGCAGAAAGUACGUGAGGACGAAGAGAACACGUUGAGGGAAUUACGGAUAUUUCUUAGGGAAAUCACCGUGAAGCUAAUGAGCGACAGGAGGUUUAAGGAGUUUUAUAAACCAGUCGAUCUGGACGAGGUUCCUGACUAUCUUGAUGUGAUUGAAAAUCCAAUGGACCUCACGACCAUGCUGCAGAAAAUCGAUGGUCAUCAUUAUCAAACAUGUGCCGAAUAUCUUACCGAUAUCAACCUCAUCACCAGCAAUGCCUUAGAAUAUAACCCGAACGCCGAUAAUUUGGAUCGUUUAAUACGACAUCGCGCAUGCGCUCUCAAAGACACCGCCCAUUCUCUCAUUAAUUCGCAGCUCGAUGUGGAUUUUGAAAAGACGUGCGAAGAUAUUGCUCUUUCCCGUCAUAGAAGAGGUGAUGCUAGGAACGUGUGUGCGCCCAAAUUUUUACCUGUUGCUCCAGUAAAGGAGGCGAAGCUUCCAUCUCAGACGACUUUGUCAUCCUCCCUACCGGAGAAAACUAAAGUAGUACCACGUGAUUAUGAAGCAGAAGUUAGAGAAGAAAAUUUACAAGGCACAUUAACCACAUGUUCCCCCGAAAUUUCUCGUGAGAAUACACAAGAUGAGGAUGGUAAAGUUCUGAAGGAACAGUCCACCGUGAAAACGCCAAAGAAAAGUGUCAAACGUGAUGGGUAUAGUCGACGACGACGAGGUCGUUUCACUAGAAAAUCACGUAGUAACUCUACUGCUGUACAGCACAAUAAUACACCCAGUGAAACUAAUGGGAUUGCUGUGGAUACGCAAGAAGCGCUGGACUGUAGCCUGAGUGGCAAACACGCAAGUUCGGUUGGUAAUAUUGAUAUACGUGAAACGUAUCUCGAUGGUCGUCAUGACAUCAACGGCAAAUACUUCGAAAUGAAUAGUGUGAAAACACUAAGCUCGAUGGAGGAAGAGAACUCUGUUAAAAUAGCAGACAGAAAUGGCAAUCCAGACGCUCAUACAAAUCGUUAUAUCAAUUCACUGCGCAUGCGUAGUGAUGUGAAGACCGCUCUGAAGUCACAUCUGGAGAACAUGGAUCAAGUUUCAAGCAGAUUGUCACCGCCGUCUGCCGAAAAGGAGAGAGAUCACUGGAGCGAGGCAAACGGGAGCGUGGGAACAAGUGAAAUAAGUAACUGCGAUUCAAAGGACGUUGCCGAGUUGGACAGCAUGCUUUCGAGCAGUUCCCACGUCAACGGCCUGGGUUCUAAUGAAUCUAGUGACGAAGUCCUCGUCGUGAAUGGCCUCCACGACCUCCCUGAUGAUGAUGAUGUUUCAAAUUCUGUAGAUGGAAGGCACACCAAGAAAAGAAAGCUGGACUUUGACAUGUCGCUGGAAGACGUCACUCCAAAUAAUGACGCAACGCAAGUUUCGUCAACUCAAGCUUCCUUCGUCGAGGAGUAUAAAGACAUGAAUAGUGUUGAAAAAUCAAAACGAGUUCUUUUUAUUGACGAGGGCGAUAUCUCGACUGAUAAAGAAGUAUCGACCUCUGUAAAAGAUAAGGAACGCUUCCGUCAACUACUGCGAGAGUACGUUGAAGCGACAAUUAAAAUUAGCGUGGAGGAAUUAGAGUUAUGGCACUCCCAGAUACGGCAAACCAUACUUCGUCAUAAAAGGAUCCUUCCAGACUACAACUUUACAGAAUUUAAAGUCUCUCCUCGUGAAAUUAAGAACAUCGUCAUCUCGUGGGUAGUUCGGUAAACUGAGGUAUUUACUCCUCGUGCAAAGUGUUGCAGUCACGUGGAGUUUAUAUGGACAGUAUUGAUUUAGCCUAUGCAAUUCAUUUAUCUUAUGGCAAUGCGUGACAUUGUCUGAUAGUAAUUUAUGCUAUAUUUCUAUACUAGUUCCUCAUGUAUAGAUGUUUGCCGUGUAAAUACAGGAGGAUAUAAUAACACACAGGAAAUUUUAAAAUUAGCGUGCAAGUAUUCCAUCGAUUUGUAUAUUUCCGUACAUUCUACUCCAUAAAUGAAUGGAUCACAGCACAGCCGGCCGUCAAACAUGGUCUACCGUCUACGUGUGUGCGAUCUUUUCCGAGGUACUUAAAAGCAUGUUUUGUGCUACGACAAACAUAUUGACAGAUAUUUCUUGAUGUUAAAUAUUCAUGUUCUAUGUAAAAAUUGUAUUUUUAAAUCAACAGACUUUCCAUGGACUCGUAUAUUUUCAUCAUACCUGUAUUAAAUUAACAGUGAUAAAA